ACUAGUUUGAGCAUCUAGCAAAGGGCAUUACAGAGUUGUGGUGCAAGAACUUUUGGGAGAUGAAAGGCAGGCAUGAGUGCCCAAAGCAGCAUGGGAACAGCGGAAGAAGCGCGGUACUGUGGCUCGUUCUGCCGCCUCUUAUAAUUCUGAUCGUGCUCAAGACUGAUUUUCUGCCGCAGGCUGUGCUCGUACGGGAGACUGGAUUGACCAGAUACAAAGAUGGAAUGGUUCACAAGGUUUCAUCCUUAGGUGUGGACAGUACAAGAUGGCAGCAACAAUCACUACACACUGAGAAGCCAGAAUCUGCAAAAGGGUAUAACCAACAAAACGAAAUCCUUGCCACAAACGCGGCAAAAGAUGGUUCUUUGAUAAAUUCAGAUGUAGGAGCACCAAGAAUCAGCAAGCUAACCUGCAACUUCAGCCAUCGUCACUCGGACUACUGCAGAAUGGAAGGAGACCUGCGCAUCCACGGCAGAUCCGGCAGAGUCUACGUCGUCUCCUCUUCCACCUUCCGCCCAGAGAACUCAACUAUAACAGUCCGGCCAUACACGCGAAAGUGGGAGCCAGAGACCAUGUCGAGGAUUCGGGAGGUCGAGAUAAGAUCCUCGGCGCCACCGCCACACAGCUUCGUCAUCCCACCCAAGUGCACAGUAAGGCACGAUGUGCCGGCAGUGAUCUUCUCCACCGGCGGCUGCGGCAAAAACUUCUUCCACGCCAUGAGCGACCUCAUCGUCCCGCUCUACACCACCGCCCAUGAGUACAACGGCCACGUCCAGCUGCUCAUCACCGACUACAACACCGAAUGGGUCGCCAAGUUCAAGCCGAUCCUCGCCGCACUGUCCAUAUACCCGGUCAUCGACUUCGACGCCGACACCGCCGUGCGCUGCUUCCCAUCAGCGCAUGUCGGGCUGGAGAGCCACAGGAUCCUUGGUAUCGACCCGGCUCUCUCCCGCAACGGGUACACCAUGAUGGGAUUCCGGGACUUCCUCCGUUCCAUCUUCUCGCUGCAGCGGCCAUGGAUGACCCCCGUAAGCCGGAGCUCCGGGAAGAAGCCUCGGCUCGUCUUCGUCCUGCGGCGCCACUCGAGGGCGGUGACGAACGAAGCCGACGCCAUGGCCGCGGUCGCGGAUAUCGGCUUCGAGGUGGUCGCCGCGGGGCCGGAGGACGUGAGCGACAUGGCCCGGUUCGCGCCGGUGGUGAACUCGUGCGAUGUGAUGGUGGGCGUGCACGGCGCCGGGCUCACCAACAUGGUGUUCCUGCCUCACAACGGCACGAUCGUGCAGAUCAUCCCGUGGGGGAACCUGAAGUACCCGUGCCGGUUUGACUUCGGCGACCCGGUGCCGGACAUGGGGCUCCGUUACGAGGAGUACGAGGUGACCGCGGAGGAGACCACGCUCAAGGACAAGUACCCCAGGGAUCACCCUGUGUUUGCCGACCCAUUGUCCAUACACCGCAUGGGAAAGAUCUGGAACGUGUUCCUGGAGGAGCAGAAUGUCACCCUGGAUAUCGACCGGUUCAGAGGAGCCAUGCAGCAGCUUUACCAGUCCAUCACCACGGAGUAGAGAGGAGCUGGUAGGCAUCAAGUAGUGGUUGGCGUGAUGGAUCAAUGUGUAAUUUUUUGCUAGCUCUUCUUUUGCGGUUAUUUUUUAA